CCAGGGCCAGCUGCAUAGAAAGUUCCAGGCCAGCCUGGGCUGCACAGAGUCUUUGUUUCACCGACCAGAGACUUCCGGCUUCCUCCCUGCUGCAAGAUGGCGACGCCCCAGGACGAGCUGCAGAAUCCCAGGCUCCCGGACCUGCUGGAAACGGGCAGGCAACUGCUGGAGGAGGUGGAGGCCUCCGCGCAACCCUUGGGCUCCAAGCUGGUCCAGGAUAAGGUGGUCAGGGCCUUGGAACUGCUGGAGAAGGCCUCGGACAUGCUUUCCCAGCUCGAUCUCUUCAGCCGCAACGAAGACUGGGAGGAGAUUGCUUCCGCUGACCUCAAGUACCUGAUGCUCCCGGCCCUGCGGGGUGCGCUCACGCUCAAGCUGGUGGACGCCAGCCAUCGCCUGGACCACCUGCAGGAGGCUCGAGACCACUUCGUGAGCUUCCUCACCCAGAGCCACAGCUACCGUGUGGCCGACUUUCAGCUGCCCUGGGCCCAGGGCAGCUCGCCGGAAGGCAACGCCGCCGCCGCCGCCGCCGGCACCACUUCCGCCCUGCUGGAGCCCAACCUGGUUGCCAUGGCAUCGCAGAGGCAGGCCAAAAUCCAGAGGUACAAGCAGAAUAAGGUGGCGGAGCAGCGGCUGUCGGCCCUGAGGUCAGCGGUGGAGAGCGGUGAGGCUGACGAUGAGCGUGUGCGCGAGUUUUACCUCCUGCAGCUUCGCAGGUGGAUUAACGUCAGCCUGGACGAGAUCCAGAGCAUCGACCAGGAGCUGGAGAUUCUGAGGCAGAGGGACUCCCACAGCGAGGAGUCCGCUUCUGCCCUGACCCAUCAGGAGCGGCCUCCCAUGAAGCCCUUCGUCCUCACUCGGAACGUUGCCCAGGCACAAGUCUUUGGGGCUGGGUACCCAAGUCUGGCCACUAUGACGGUGAACGACUGGUAUGAGCAGCACCAGAAAUGUGAGGGUUUACCAUCGGGUCAGGAAGAUGAAAGGCAAACACCCCUGCCGCCCGAGACCCACAGGGCACCUGAGCAAGAGGAAGAGCACCAGCUGGAGCAGAAGGAAGAAGAGGAAGACGAGGAUGCCCUGCACAGGCUGCAGCAGUGGGACGACUGGAAGGACACCCAUCCUUGGGGCUAUGGCAACCGACAGAACAUGGGCUAACCUCCCCGCAGCGAGCAAGGACAGU